AUGCCAAAAGUUGUAAAAAGUUCGGCUCGAGAAAUGAUAUUGAAGGUGAAAGAAUUCUGUGAAGCUGAACAAAAGAAUCAAGGUGUUUUAAUACCACUGAACAAUGUUCGGAAGAGAGUCGCCGCCAUAACAGGUGUGUCAGAGAAAACUAUAACAAGAAUUACAAAAGAAGGUAUAACAGCGACGAGUACUUCGAAAAAAAUUGUCACCCCGGGGAAGAGUCGCCCGCAUCCGAAAAAGUUCGACUUAGACGGGUUCGAUUUGUGCGCUAUCCGGCAAAAAAUUCACAGUUUUUACGUUGUGCAUAAAGAAUUACCAACUUUGGCUAAAUUACGAGCAGCUCUUAGAGAAGACAUCAAUUUUCAGGGAAGCAUCACAACAGUGCACAGGAUAUUAAAUAGGAUUGGUUUCAAGUACAAGCGAUGUCAAUCCAGACGCAAACUACUUAUGGAACUGAGGAGGAGCCAGGAAUGUUCGUCUCAGAGUCAUCAGGGAGUCGCUGGAUAA